CAAUAGCAAAUAACAUGCGCGGGUCUGAUCUCGAGCUACAGUACGUCUCAUUGGUAUUUAAUAUCUAAACAAUGUUUUUAAUUCUUAGUGGUGAUUGUCUAGUAGUAUAAUAAUCGCAAAUGUUUGAUAGAACAAAGCAAUGUAAACUUUCGCAUAAAAUGAUGAUUCGCCUAAACAAUUUUUUGUACGUUUUUAAUUUACGUCAAGGCACAAUUCUUAUAGCCGUCCAUCAAAUUGCAUUAUCAUCGUUCGUGUUGAUAAUAUUGCUUGUUGGUAUAUCUCACGUCGGUGAGAUGCUAUCAAUGCUUCAUAAUGACAUGGAAGAUGACGCAGAGAGAAGAGGGUUCUACGAGGUGGUCUACGGACAGCAGUUGACCUUCCAUGAAGGGGACGUAAUAAGUACUAACAACCAACGUAGGUUUGCUAAGGCACAACAUCUUGCAUCAGUGACGGUAAUAUUCCUCUACACUAGUACGAUACUAACAUCCAUAUACCUGAUGUGCUGCAUUUCGCUGCUUCACGGCGCCGUCAAGUACAAACGAGAGUAUGUGCUGCCGUGGAUAAUGGCUGCGUGCGUGGGCGUCGGACUGCUCAUUGUCGCGAUAGUCAUCGGUGACGGAUACCCCUGUGUCGUCAACCUGUUUGGAGGCCAUAACCUUUAUCAUUUCGGAUGCGCGCUUUUCGUUUUAACGUUCAUUUACGCAAUCUGCGCCGUCAGUAGUUUCGCCCUAGAGACCGGUGGCCGCUGUCGAGCCACGCGUGCUACCAGCGAUGAGAGAGGAGAAAGACUGCUACUGUUGGACCACGCAGCACACUCCAGCCUCCUAUCUGCCGCCCAGCUGAAUAAACUCUCCCAGGGAACGCGAUCACAAUUCGUUUAAAUCGAAUAUCUUAAAACCUUUUCGACUUUUUAUUUCACUUUUGACAGCUAGGGAUUUACUUGAAAACGUAACUAUUCCACAUUUCGUAACAAUCAAAUUUAAAAUCUUUUAAGCACUGGAUAGCACAUAAUACGCAAUUUUCUAAGAUGAAAAUGUCCUAAGGUAGAAUAUGAUCUAUCUGUUUACCAAAAUUCAUUCAAAUCCGUUCAACCGUUUAAGUGUAUUGCAGUAACGAACAUACAAAUAUAUUUAUUAUGUUAGUAGAAUUAACGAUAACAAUACCAGAAAUUAUUUUUUACUAAAUAUAUUUAAAAAAUAAUUUGAGCUGUCAAAAGUACAAUAAAGAAUGUGAAAAGGAUUAAUUACAAAUGCCUAAUACAUUAGCCUUCCGUCCGGCGAACGAUAUUUACAAACACAUCAAUAGGUACUACAUUAAUUAACGCAACAGAUUUAAAAUAUACAUAUAUAAUAUCUAACAUAGAUACAAGUAUCGACAUCAAAAUCGAGUUACACAAAACACAAUUACUAAGUAAAGGGUCUAGCAAAGUAAAAUUUUGUGAUAAUCAAAAUAUGCAAUAGUUUCAGAACAUUUCGUAUGUGAUCAAUCUAAUUUAAAUGGUUUCAAAAUUAAUAUUUUCGCUAUGUUCCCUUAGAUCUCUUUUUUUAGUUUCUUGAAUAAUAUAAAAACUAUGAUAUAAACCCUUUCUGACCUAACUCUGUAGUGAUAUAAAAAAGAAUAAAGUGUUCCAGCACAUCACAGUUCUGGUUUCAAAAUAAGCUGUAGAUAUACUGUUGAUAAGUAAGUGACUAGUGCUAAUCAGGUUAUUCAUAAAUAGUGCUACGCAUUUAGAACAAGACUAUCAUUUUAGCUAAAAAGCUUGUAUUAUAAAUCUAAAAGAAUCUUUGAUUUAUAGAGUCAAUUAUUAAGUCAAUAACAUAAUAGAAACACCCUUUUGCAUCAUACGAGAAUAAUAAAUAUAUCCCUUUUAGUGUUAUUUAUUUUGAUUCACGUAUUUUAAUUGUAAAAAAUUAUGUACUUAAUUAUAAAAAUGUAAUGUUGAUAAUUUGCAAAUUAUCUACUUUAUAUUCGUUGGUUGUGUGAUUAUGUCGGUGCUUAAGCACAGGCUAAAUGCUUAUUAUUAUUAUUAAAAAGUAACUAAAGUUAUAUAAUUAAAAAUUUUAAUAAUGCAGGUAAGUCUGUUAAAAUUGUAUCAAUAAGUACAAGUAUAAACUUCGUGAGCAGCACCUCUUUGAAGGGACAUACGUAUAGAUAGCCAUUCCCAUUAUGUAUAUGGCAACGUGGGAACACACCCGUGAAACGCUCUUUCUUCACCACUUCAAAUUGUCCAUAACUCGCGGCAAGGUAAGACGCUCGUCUUAACUUGCCGCUUGCACGCAUUAAAGGCUAGAGAGCGCACAGUUAUAUUUUCAUUUACUGUCCAAUGAGUUUCAAUAAUAUUAUCUCGAGAAAAUUACGUGUGUCUCAUCAGUUAUUUUGUAUAUUCCGAUUCUGAUAAUUUUGUAAGAUAAAAUGAUUUUUAAAUAUGUACAUAAUUUUAUGACAAAUGUCCAAACGUUUAGCGCUUUAAUAAAUCAAUGCUUAGCUAAGAUGGUGUACUUAUUGUGAUAUUUUCAAUUGAGGGUCUAUUUAAAUAUUAAUUGUAAUAAUGAUCUUUCGUUUAUAGUACAAAGGAAUUAAAAUUAUGUAAAUAAUAAAAUACUUAAGUAUGCUGUUAUUGCUUGUAUUUA